GUGGAUGACAGCGGGAGUAGAGCAGCGGGCGAGGGUUCUGGGCGUGGGGACCCUGGACCUGGUGUUCGUUUUCUUACGUUCGUCCCGUCCUUGAACUGGGGCGGGGUACAAUCACAUGAACUCUUGGAUGGAUCCGGCUGGUCACCUUGUCUCAGAUUUCUAGGUGGAAAAGUGAAGGCAGCACUUCCGCCCUUGACUGCGUCGGGUGGUCAUGAGAAUCGGCGUUCCUAGAAGUGCAGGCCCUGGAAGGGCCUCGGGAAUCACCUGGCGGUCGAGCCAAGCUUCCCGUUCUAGGAAUGGGAAAGCAGGUCUCGACAGUGGAGUGACUGAUUCAGGGUCACUCCUAAGUGAAGGCCUAGCCAGUUCUUAGACCCCACUGUGGGGUUCCAUUGCAGUUUUAUUGGAUUGGGAGCGGGAGUGUUCCUUGUCUUCCAAGGUUGACCAUGUGCAUUUGCUUCUGCUUGACGAGGGAUUUCUCAGGCAUCCUGGUACUACUACUACUAGCAGUAAACAUUAUGGCACUUAACUGUGCACCCAGCACUAUUGUAAACACUUAGAGUACAACUUUCCUGAUUGAAUUGCAGGGCAGUUGGGAGUCUUGAGAAUCUUUUAAAAGACCUGAUGAGGAAGCACCAGCAGCUCCACACAGAGUAGGUACUCUGUAAAAGUUUGCUGAAUGUGAAUGACUCAGAGGCUCUUUGCUAGAUUUGAAGUUUUGGUCCCAUUCAUUACUAUUUGGUUACCAUAUGUGUUACUCUAUUACUAGAUUGUCUGUGGCCAAUAUUUUGAAAAAUAAGAUAAAAUACUAAUUAUUCUGUUUGUGUAAGCAGAGAACAGGCACACAUUUGGUGGGGGAGGGCUUAAAGCUCUUAUUUAAAUUACACAAAUAAUUAUAUCAUUGCAUCCCUGUUCUCUUCAUUUUUUAUAUUUGAUCAAGAAAUGUUAUUAAUAAUUGCCCAAAUAUUAGGCAUUGUGCUAGACCCUAAGUCUAAGAGUGUCUAAAUUUCAUGAACUCAUAGUUUAAUGGAGGAUUAGGACAUGAAACAUUCACUCCCAAUACUAAGACACUUAGAAAUAUUUUUUAGAAGUGGCUGCAGUACAAUACACUGCAAAGAAGCAUGUGCCAAAGGAAUUCGGAGAAGGAAAUGGCUCUCUGUCCUGAAGGAAGCUUCUGGAAAUAAGUAAACGUUGCAUGGUGUGUUGAAGUUGCUGGGAGUUGGAGGUUGGCCUGUUCCAGGAAUGAUUAGUAAUUUGGGGCAUGUUAAGGAAUUGGUAGAAUAAAAAGCUGGAAAAGAUGUGUUGAGAUCAAAAUAUGAAAAGCUUUGAUGCCAUUCUGAGAAAACAUGAUGGGGAGUUGUUAAUAUAAUAUAAUAUAAUAUAAGCAGUGGAGUGUUCCGACCAGCUACCUUUUUGUCAGUAAUGUGGAGACUGAACUGACAGGUAAAAAGACACUUUCAGCACUGUGUGCAGGCACUGUGCUGGAUGCUGCAGAUACUACCUGGAAUAAAAUAGACAAGGUUAUUGUCUUCAUGAAGUUUACAGUCCCAGUCAGCACAUGUGCACAGCUUGGUCCCUAUAGUGUUUCUCCAUGUGUGGUCCCUGAAACAGCACAUCAGCACCACCUGGAUGCUUGUUAGGAAUGUGAGUUCUGAGCCUAUGCCUACUGAUUCAGAUACUCUGAGGUUGAGACCUGGCAAUCAGUGGGUUUUCUGGUUUUGUUUUGUUUGGUAUGGGGAUUGAACCCAGGGACACCUAAUCCACAGCUCUUUUUUAUAUUUCAUUUAGAGACAGUCUUGAUGAGUUUCUUAGGGCCACACUUAGUUGCUGAGUCUGGCUUUGUAGUCAUGACCCUCCUGCCUCAGCCUCCUGAGCCAGUGGGAUUACAGGCGCUGAUAUUCAAUGUUAGGUGAUUCUGAUGCUCCAUUGAAUUUCAGGAUCACUAGACUAUUGUAAUGCAGAAAAAAGUGGGUGGACCUGAGAUAAAUUACGGAGACUUUCUUGUUUUAGGAGGAGUCAAAGGUGAAGGAGUUUCUUACUUGGGCCACUGAGCUAAGUUUGGACCUCAUGUAAGUUGAUGAAGUCACGGGUGAAUCCAUAUGUGCCUUCUUCUAGGCCAUACUUCUGUGAAGCCACACUAGGGCUCUAUGGUAGUGCCUCACAACCUUUUAGUAUUUGUACAGUGCACAGGAGAAAUUGAUGAGGCUACUUGUUGAAAGGGACCGACAAGUGGUGGACCUGAAUCUUGAGAUUCUAAUACUCCAAAGAUGGGAGGCAUCAGUAACAUAUUGGCAUACUGCCCAGAGCUUUGCUGCAGGGACUGUGCUGAAAAGUUGAGGUACUCAGCUGAAUUUGGCACUGUAAAUCAAGAGCCUCAAAGGAGUUUAUGCUCUUUGACUCAUUAAUUCCUUUCCUGAAAUGUUUCCCAAAUAUAUACCAAAAAAGAAGAAAGUGAUCUGUUCAUUGUAGAUUAUAUGUAACAGAGAAAACCAACAACUCUGGUGACUGGAGAAUCGUUUUUGAUGUAGUCCAUCAGUAUAAGGUGGUCCUGCUCUUAGAAAUAUGUGAAUAUCUUAUAACAGGGAAACAUACUUAUUCACUGGACAGCAUAUAGUAAGUCUUGCCAUGUGCCAAGGAUACAGUGGUGAGCAGGACAGAUGGGUCCUUGCCCACACAGAGUCGAGUGUCUGGAGGAAUCAGCAGCCAAAUGAGCAGCCCACACACACGGAUUCAUGUUUGGUGGGAACCAGUGGGUAUGCAGGAGAAGCCAGUUUUUUGGUGUCUGGAGAAAGGGACAAAAGAGGCUUCCCAGAGAACAAGGCAGUGAUCCUUAGGCCUGGAGCAUGAGUAGGUGUUGGGAUGCACAGGGCAGGGGCUGUGUUCCCCAGAGGAAUCGGUGUGUUUAAGGGGCACAUGGGGAGGGCUGGGGAUGUGGCUCAAGUGGUAGUGUGCUUGCUUAGCAUUUGUGAGGCACUGGAUUCUUUUCUCGGCAUCACAUAAAAAUAAAAUGAAGAUAUUGUGUUCACCUAAAACUAAAACAAGUAUUUUUUUUAAAAAAGAGGCACAUGGGGAAACUGGAAAAGGGAGCGGGCACUGGUGUGACAUGUCCAGGAGUGGCAUGCUGUAUACACCCUGAAGGUCAGAGGCUUGGACCUUAUUCUUGGGUCACCAGAAAGCCAUUUUGAGCAACAAAACUGGGACUGCAUUGUAUUGGAAGCCUCCCUGAAGGCUGCAGUGGGGGAACAGAUUGAAGGAGGGCAGGAAUGCAAGUCGGGAGAUGAAAUGACAGUGGCCUAGACUGAGGUACAGGCUGAGAAGAUAGAGAUGGGGACAAGAAUGACAGGUUCCAGAGGGCUGGUGAAUGUGGCCACAGCAAGGGGCAGAGUGGAUAUACCCAGGUUUCUGAUUUUGUUUUGUUUGGUAAGGACAGCUUGCAGUGCCAUUCAGUAUGAUAGGCAGGUAUGGGGAAAAUGUUGAGUUUAUUCUGUGGUGCAGAGUUGAAGUAAGCUGUGCAGUGUGCUCUCCAGGCAGGGGUCAAUAUGGAGGUUUGAAACUUGAGAUGAGCUACACAUGGGGGAGUGGAGAUUCGGACUGCUCAGGGCGCGUGCAAGAAGGAGGGCCAAGGCACCUGAAAUUGAUUUUUAAACAGGGUGAGAGAUGGGAAGAGCAGGGCUUGCAAAAGAGACAAGGGAUUGCCACAGUGUCCACAGCAAUUGCCUGAGGUACCUGCUUCCCUGUGCCAGGUUGUCAUGGAAGGGCUACUGACAAGAUGCAGAGCAUUGUCCACCUGGGCCACCUGCAGCCACCAGCUCUCCAGAUACAUAUCCCACAGGUGUCACCACUCUGCCUCAGGGAGAGGGCAGCGCUUGAUAUUGUCCCGCAUGUUUCAGCCACAGAACCUCCGGGAAGACCAGGUGCUUUCUGUGGAGGGAAAAUCUAGCGACCUGACUUGUAAGAGCCAGCGACUGAUGCUGCAGGUGGGUCUGAUCCUCCCAGCAAGCCCUGGCUGUUACCAUCUCCUGCCCUACACCGUUCGUGCCAUGGAGAAGCUUGUGCGAGUGAUAGACCAGGAGAUGCAGGGGAUUGGGGGGCAGAAAAUCAGCAUGCCCAGCCUCAGCCCAGCAGAACUCUGGCAGGCCACCAACCGCUGGGACCUGAUGGGCAAGGAGCUGCUAAGACUUAGAGACAGGCAUGGUAAGGAAUACUGCUUAGGUCCAACUCACGAGGAGGCCAUUACUGCCCUUAUUGCCUCCCAGAAGAAACUGUCCUACAAGCAGCUUCCAUUUCUACUGUACCAAGUGACGAGGAAGUUUCGGGAUGAGCCUAGGCCCCGCUUUGGUCUUCUCCGUAGCCGAGAGUUUUACAUGAAAGAUAUGUACACCUUCGACUCUUCCCCAGAGGCUGCCCAGCAGACCUAUGGCCUGGUGUGUAAUGCCUACUGCAGCCUAUUUGACAGGCUGGGGCUGCGAUUUAUCAAGGCCCAGGCAGAUGUGGGUAGUAUUGGGGGCACAAUUUCUCAUGAGUUCCAGCUACCAGUGGAUAUUGGAGAGGACCGGCUUGCAGUCUGUCCAAGCUGCAGCUUCUCAGCCAAUGUGGAGACACUAGGCUUGUCACAGAUGAAUUGCCCUGCCUGCCAGGGCCCACUGACUGAAACGAAAGGCAUUGAGGUAGGACAUACAUUCUACCUGGGUACCAAGUAUUCUUCCAUUUUCAAUGCCCAGUUUACCAAUGCUCAUGGUAAACCAUCCCUGGCUGAAAUGGGGUGCUAUGGCUUGGGUGUGACACGGAUCUUGGCUGCUGCUAUUGAAGUUCUCUCUACAGAAGAUUGUAUCCGCUGGCCCCGCCUUCUGGCCCCUUACCAAGUCUGCCUCAUCCCCCCUAAGGCAGCCAGUAAGGAGGAGGCUGCUGCAGAGCUCAUGGGGCACCUGUAUGACCACAUCACAGAGGCUCUGCCUCAGCUCCAUGGGGAGGUCCUUCUGGACGACAGGACCCAUCUUACCAUUGGAAAUAGACUGAAAGAUGCCAACAAGCUCGGCUACCCCUUCGUGAUAAUUGCUGGCAAGAGGGCCCUGGAGGACCCUGCACAUUUUGAGGUUUGGUGUCAAAACACUGGUGAGGUGCUCUUCCUCACCAAAGAAGGAGUCAUGGAAUUCUUGACCCAAGUGCAAGUUGUCUAAGUGCCCAUCUCAUAGCCUAGUAUUAACUCUAACACUUCAGUUCUUGGCCCAUGCUCCUCUCCUGGUGGUCUCCACAGGAACAGGACCACUCAUGGAAAGUGAGAAUGUGUUAGAGAAACCAGUGUUUACCCAGUCAUUUGUUCAGAUUAUUUGUAUUUGAAAUUGUUAACUCAAUUCCCUUCUUUGGGCUGGCCAUCUGACCAUGUGCCAUUCCUUUUACAUACCAUUUUGGAAGCUGCUAUUAGAAGGCUGAGAGGCAAGAAAGAGACCCAAGUUCUAGUCUUGGCCCUUGGGCAAGUCACUUCCUUCUCUGCUGAGUUUCCUGUGUAGGAUGGGAAUGGCAGAAGGCCAGGGGCCUCAGCUUCACUCAGUCCAGAGAGCAGGCCCACCAGCCCUCUCCUGAGAAGCUGAGAGUGUAAGUGAAAGAGUCUGUUUGUCACCAACUCACUGGUGGCUUGACACGUCUGCUUCCCAACUUGGGCUGCAGUUUUCCCAUCUGUUACAUGAGAAAUUGGAACUCUGUGAAGUCCUUAAAGCUGUCACUGAGUGGUUUCACAAGAGGCUCACAAUAGGCGGAUCUGGUUCUUCUGAUCCUCCAUGGUCUGAGUUUCCUACAAAUUUGAAUUGCCUGAUAACCCAAGAACCACCUCCAGAGACUUAACCCUACUGAGAUGGCCUAAGCACUGAGAUCAUGUUUUCUUUAUUGACUUUUUGUUUGUUCUUGAGUACUGAGGCUUGAACCCAGGUGUGCUUUACCCCCAUGCCACAUCCCUAUCACUAUUAUCUUGUUAAGUUGCUGAGGCUGGCCUCAAACUUGUGAUCCUCUUGCCUCAGCCUCCUGAGUAGCUGAGAUAAGAUUUUCUUGAUUGAAUAAAAUCUAACUAUUAGACUGAGCCUUUCAUGUUAAUUUGAAUGGUAAUAACAUUUUCUAUUUUAACUGCUUAGAAGACCUUACUGUUCCUUUUCAUUCUUUUUCUUCUGUUUUCACACUCAAAAAAAAGAAAAAAGCAUGGUUGGGAAUUAUGUUUUAACCAUCUGUGAGCAGCAGACUUCAAGCCCCAUGGUGACCUUGUCUUGAGGGCAGAGUUGGAUCCCAGAGCCACAAUGGAAUGACUAUAAAGAGCUUUUCUCUGUCUAAAAUCCAUGGGAAACUGGGAAUGGACUUGAGCCACACAGCAACACUGCCUGCUUUUCUUGCUCCUGCACACUAGAUUAGGAACAUAACCAGAGUUUCCAUCCUCGACCCCUGGAGUCCCCCCUCCCACGUCCGGGUCUAAUAAGAAUCUGUCAAAGCCAAUCUCAAAGCCUCCAGCUCCAAAAAACCUGCCUGACAGCUUCUAGAAAUGGUUCUUCCCUCUGCCUCACACAGCACUGGUCACAUUCUUUCUUGUGUGCACACACCUAGUCACUCUACAGUGUCCAGGUGGUCUCAUCGCUGAUGGUGAGCUGCAGGGGGCCAGCCUGAGCUGCUUCCUAGUGCACUGUAGCUCUUGUCUUAGUGAGUCCUCACCCUGGCCCUGUUAAACUGCUGCGCAAAGCUUACUACCACUGGGGUUACUGCAAGAGUAAUGCCACCCCAAGCACAGGCAACAUUGUGUUCCCAGUGAAUGUAUCUGCCCAGCCCUGAUGGCUCCCAGGCCUCCCUUUGGAGUCCUGGAUCCCUUUGGACCAAACUUAGAAAGGUCAGGUCACAAGGCAAUGGUCUUAGCUUUACUGCAUGUUGGAAUCACCAGAAUUCCCUGCAGAGGUUUUGGUUGGGCUGUGGCCUGGGCAUAAAAAGUUUAAAGCUCUCAGAUGAUUCUCAUGCACAGUCAGUGGAUUGAGAGAUCCUGCUGUAAGAGCCACCUCCUUGGGGGCCCUCUUGGUAGUUGGGCAUUUCUCUGAGUAAGGUAUUAUCAGACUGAUGUAAGCCAUCUGCUUUUAUUGGUCUAGUUUUUUGUUGAGAGCUUGCCAUAUGUCCCUGUGCUGUGAGGCAUUUUUACAUACUGUUUCCAUGUCUGCAAAGUAGACAUGAGUCUCAUUUUACAAGUGCAGAAACCUGAGGCUCCAUUAAAGCAAAUGACUCAAACAUGCCCUGCUAUUAAGGAUUAGAGCUAGAAUCUGGGCAGUGGCCAAAAACUAUGCCCUUCCAAAUAUUGCUUGGCUUCUGCUUAGAUAAAAAGAUUUUAAUAAGUAAAAUUGAAUUUAUGUCUAUCUAGUCAGGUUAGCCUCAAAUAUUUGAGAAAUUAGAAUCCAUGCAAAUGAAUGCUUCAAAUAGUCCUUUUUAACUUUGUGCUUAUUUAUGGAAGGUUAGCCUAUUGGCACUUCAAAAACCGAGACUCCAGGAAUAAACAGCCAAUUAAUUUUCAACUUUUCAUAAAUGUGCAAGUCCUAGGAUAAUUUGAGGAUAAGGUAGAGUCCUGGAACUUGAGAACAGGAGAACAUCAAGCUGGCUGUUCCAGCUGUGGGUUCACAGAGAGGAAAUAGCCUGAAGCAGGAAUGCACUGCCACAUGCCAUCUGACUGGCAAAUAUGAGGGCAGGCACAAUAGCCCCUUGGGUCAGGCCUUUUGGAAGAAAAGAGGCCUGGGUCAGCCUUUGAGUUACCAAAGCCUUAGGCUGCUGAAGCUGGUGCUUGUCCUCUUUAUUUUACAGCAGAGAGACACAUAUGAGGAGGACAGUGAUAUGCCCAAGGUCAGCGUCCUGACCACUAGGCCAGUGUUUCUUCAGUUGGGCCAGGGGCGGUGAGAUUUGGAGGAAGGAUCAGAGCCUUGAGGAGACAUGAUCUAGAUUCACCACUUGCUGGGAACGUGACUUGAGAAAAUUACUCAUCCUUUUCGCAGCUCUGAUUCUUCGUCGGUAAAAUGCUUCAGCUAAUGGCACCUGCCUUGUGUGGUAGUCUGGGACUGACUGAGCUCAUUUGUGGUGAAAUACUUAACCCUUAGUGUGCCUUCAAGAAACUUUCCCUUAUACUGGACCGCAUAGGGACCCCUCCACACACACACCCCCACACACCAGGAGUUCAGGCUCUGCUGUUAAUUCUUAGCUCAAGACCAGGAUCUUGGUUUUUUUGGUAGGAUGCUUUACUGCCUUCCUGGGGAGUGCUUGGAUAAGGACUAGGCAACACCUACUGAGUGGGUUCAUCUCAGAGCAAAAACAGAAAUAGUCAAACAAUGUACCUUAUUUUCUCCCAUUUCUGAACUUGCUGAUUUUACUUCUUGCUAUAAAUAGAUCAAAUGAAGAUGCUGGAAAAAUAACAGGGACAGGCUAUAUUAUCAUUGCUCAUUCCUUGGGGAGAUCUAGAGGCAACUGGCUGGGAAAUAGCAGAAUUAAUACUUUGGGACAAAGGCUGGUUCAUAACAAACCCAUCAUUAUUAAAUGGGUUAAACUUAGAAUGUAAGUCAAGGUUUCCAUUAAUAUUCUGUGUUUUCGUGGAAGAAACUCCUGCUGAACUAUCAAUAAAGGCAUUUACAGAAA